GCAGCGGCCCCGCCCGCCCGCCAUGGAGUGCGCGGGGCGCGCUGAGGCGGCGGCCGAGCAGCUGCGGCUCUACCGGAGGGACCCCGGCGGCUGGCGGGGCUGCCGCAGCACGGGGGAAGUCGCGGUGUCCUGGAGACCCUCGACGGAGUUCGCUGGCAACCUGUACAAGGGAGAGGGGAUCCUGCCCGGCAGCCCGCGGGAUGUCUGGGAGUGCAUAAAGCCGGUGGCCGGCGGGCUCAGGACCAAGUGGGACCAAAACGUGAAGGACUUCGAGGUCGUUGAAGCCAUCAGCGAUACUGUCUCUGUAUGCAGAACCACAACCCCUUCAGCUUGCAUGAGGAUUAUUUCACCAAGGGAAUUUGUGGAUGUAGUAGUUAUGAAGCAAUAUGAAGAUGGGACUAUGCUGUCUGCUGCCACCAAUGUGGAACACCCGCUGUGUCCUCCUCAACCAAAUUUUGUGAGAGGUUUUAAUUAUCCCUGUGGCUGUUUCUGCAUACCUGUUCCAGGGGAGCCAGACAGGACUGAGCUCCUCACUUUCUUUCAGACGGAUCUUGGUGGCUAUCUUCCCCAGACAGUGGUGGAUUCCUUUUUUCCAUCUAGCAUAUCUGGAUUUUACAGCAACCUCACCAAAGCUGUUAAGGCAUUAAAAGCAUGACAAGACGAGUUGCUGGGAUCACCAGCUGAGGGUAGGAAACAACCUGUCAGCUUGUGGGCAAAAAUACAAAGUUGGCCUCAGGACUUUUCUAUCAGCUAAGAUACUUAAGAAAGGUGACAUGAAACAAUGAACUGAGGACAAUAGAUUUUUAAAACGGCGUUUGCUACCUGACUCCAUGCAGAACAAUGCAUUCUUAUGUAAUAUGAAAUUCUUCACUUCAAUGAUUAGAAAAAUACCACACCAGGUGGCAGCAGUAGUGACUGCAGGGAGAAGAUGCACAUACUGGAUCUGUUCUUGGUCACUCUUUGUCAGUGUCUGUGGAGGUUAAGCAUUGCUAAAAUCCACUUAGCACCAUAGCCAGGUGCAGGUCAGCCCUGUUUGGUCUCUGAAGCUCCCUGUAGAUUCCUGUGGAUCAGUGGUUCUCCCCCAGAAGAAAAUGUAUCUCUCCUGCUGCCAGCACUCCUAGAGCUGUCAAGAUGCUUCAGUGGGUGCAAGCCAGCAAAUGGUGAAAGCCAGAACAAAGGGGAUUAUGUAGAGGAUGUCACUGGUUUGUUCCAGCAGACAUCAAUAUUGAUGGUAAAUAUGCCUUAAGUGCUUUUUUGUAAGUCAAGGUCCAGCAGUGCUAAUCAAUGCACAGGUGUGUGGGCUGGCAAACAGACACUCUCCCCUCUCUGUACCAAAACCAGUGGUUUCACAGUGUCGUGAAACAAACUGAACCGACACAGAGGCAAUAAAUAAAGAGGAUUAAGCACUUUACUUGCCAUUUUUUAAAUGGGACGUGAAAUGACCAUUUUGAACUGUAUUUGAAUGUGUUUUGGUUUCCUGUGGUGAGAGGUUUUAACGGGUAAAUAAUCUUUUCAGUAGCUUUGCCUUGACAGGCCAUAAGGACAUUGCUUUUUUCUAAGACUGGUUUGCCUCCCAACAUUACAUUGGGAAAUCAGCAGCUGAUUUUGUGUGCCAAGAUGUGUCCAUCUUUGGGAGGUACCUAUGGUGCUGGUUGCUGCAGGAACAUCAGACAUUACUAUGAAUUACAUAUAAUUACAAAGGUAAAAAUAAUUGCUGAAUUAGGAAGUUAAAUGCAGGUUGUGAUUUUAGUGUGGUAACUCGAUUAUUUAACAGGGUUAACGUGCUCUGCUUUCUGUCCCUGUAUUUUUUUCUAUUUUUAUAUGUAUAGGGCAUGGACUUGCACAUUAAGUUUCCCACUGUAAACCUCACCCUAUGGAGUUCAAGGAAGCAGUUUUUAGUCCAGUCUGCUUUGUAUACAAAGAUGUAAAAACUUGUGUGAGUGUGGUGAAAUAAAUAUUUUUUCUGCUACA